GCGGGAGGGCGUGGGGAGGCAGGCCGGGCGCGCACGCUGCUGCCUGUACCGCCGCGCCAGCCGCCGCCGGGACGGGAAGUGAGCCGCCCGGGCCCGCAGUGCCAGCAAGCCGGUGAGAGCGUCCCCCAGCCGCCGCACCCGGGGCGAAGCAUGGCGGCCGCCAAGGUGGCUUUAACCAAGAGAGCAGAUCCAGCUGAGCUUAGAACAAUAUUUUUGAAGUAUGCAAGCAUUGAAAAAAAUGGUGAAUUUUUCAUGUCUCCCCAUGACUUCGUCACUCGAUAUUUGAACAUUUUUGGAGAAAGCCAGCCUAAUCCAAAGACUGUGGAGCUUUUAAGUGGUGUGGUGGACCAGACCAAAGAUGGAUUAAUAUCCUUUCAAGAAUUUGUAGCAUUUGAAUCUGUGCUGUGUGCCCCGGAUGCUUUGUUCAUGGUGGCCUUUCAGCUGUUUGACAAAGCUGGCAAAGGAGAAGUUACUUUUGAGGACGUUAAGCAAGUUUUUGGCCAGACCACAAUUCAUCAACAUAUUCCGUUUAACUGGGAUUCAGAGUUUGUGCAGCUGCAUUUUGGAAAAGAAAGAAAAAGACACCUGACAUAUGCGGAAUUCACUCAGUUUUUACUGGAAAUACAAUUGGAGCAUGCAAAGCAAGCCUUUGUGCAAAGGGACAACGCCAGGACCGGAAAAGUCACAGCUAUUGACUUCCGAGACAUCAUGGUCACCAUCCGCCGCCACGUCUUGACACCUUUUGUAGAAGAAUGUCUAGUAGCUGCUGCUGGAGGUACCACGUCCCAUCAAGUUAGUUUCUCCUAUUUUAAUGGAUUUAAUUCACUUCUUAACAACAUGGAACUCAUUAGAAAGAUCUACAGCACUCUGGCUGGCAACAGGAAAGAUGUGGAGGUGACUAAGGGGGAGUUUGUUCUGGCAGCUCAGAAAUUUGGUCAGGUUACACCCAUGGAAGUUGACAUCUUGUUUCAGUUAGCAGAUUUAUAUGAGCCACGGGGACGGAUGACUUUAGCAGACAUUGAACGAAUCGCUCCUCUGGAAGAGGGAACUCUGCCCUUCAACUUGGCUGAGGCCCAGAGGCAGAAGAAGGCCUCCAUCAGUUCAUCUCGACCAGUUCUCCUACAGAUCGCCGAGUCGGCGUACAGGUUUGGUCUGGGUUCUGUUGCUGGAGCUGUCGGAGCCACUGCUGUGUAUCCUAUUGAUCUUGUAAAAACUCGAAUGCAGAACCAGCGAUCAACUGGCUCUUUUGUGGGAGAACUUAUGUAUAAAAACAGUUUUGACUGUUUUAAGAAAGUGCUACGCUAUGAAGGCUUCUUUGGACUGUAUAGAGGUCUGUUGCCACAGUUAUUGGGAGUCGCCCCAGAGAAGGCCAUAAAACUCACAGUGAAUGAUUUUGUGAGGGAUAAAUUUAUGCACAAAGAUGGUUCGGUCCCACUUGCAGCAGAAAUUCUUGCUGGAGGCUGUGCAGGAGGCUCACAGGUGAUUUUCACAAAUCCUUUGGAAAUCGUCAAGAUCCGUUUGCAAGUGGCUGGAGAAAUCACCACUGGUCCCCGAGUCAGUGCGCUGUCUGUCGUAAGGGACCUGGGGUUUUUUGGGAUCUACAAGGGUGCCAAAGCCUGCUUUCUGCGAGACAUUCCUUUCUCAGCCAUCUACUUCCCGUGCUACGCUCAUGUGAAGGCUUCCUUGGCGAAUGAAGAUGGGCAGAUUAGCCCUGGAAGCCUGCUCUUAGCUGGCGCCAUCGCUGGUAUGCCUGCAGCAUCCUUAGUGACCCCUGCUGAUGUUAUCAAGACACGAUUACAGGUGGCCGCUAGGGCCGGCCAAACCACUUACAGCGGAGUGAUAGACUGCUUUAGGAAGAUUCUGCGGGAAGAAGGCCCAAAAGCUUUGUGGAAAGGAGCUGGUGCUCGUGUGUUUCGAUCCUCACCCCAGUUUGGUGUAACUUUACUGACGUAUGAAUUGCUACAGCGAUGGUUCUACAUCGAUUUUGGAGGAGUGAAACCCGUGGGAUCAGAGCCAGUUCCUAAGUCGAGGAUCACACUGCCUGCUCCCAAUCCUGAUCACGUUGGGGGCUACAAACUGGCAGUCGCCACAUUUGCGGGGAUUGAAAACAAAUUUGGACUUUACCUACCUCUCUUUAAGCCAUCAGCACCUACCUCAGAAGUUGUCAGUGGAGGCCCGUAGGCAGACCACCCCUGGGAUACUGUGUAGCUUUGUUGUUACUGCGGUAAAGCACACCUCAUCUCGAACUGAAGCAACGUUUCAUUCCUUUCACUUCCAUCUCCUGUUUAAAUUCAAGUCAAGGCUUUUUAUAAGGUGAAAGCAUUCCUUUUCUGUGUGUUAUCUUAACCAAAUCAUUGUAAAAUUAUUCAUAAUUAUUCUUUGGGCCUCUGCUCACAAACCUUUGUUUGUAUCUGACAUUUGCUGGGAUUGGUCAACACUAACAUGAUUUGGGGGAAGGAGCAAGUCUGAAUAAAAAUUAGAGCUAUUCUCCUUGGAUUAAGAUUUUAGUCUCAAAGAGGCUACGGAACGGCUAUCAUGGUGCUCAGAGCAAAGUGCUUUGUGCAUGUUUAAACUGCUAGGAAACUGGGUGCAUAUUUAUAAAAAUUAAAAACACUGGAAGAAAUGAAAACAUUAUCAGAAAUAGCCAGCCUGGCUUCAGAUUUUAAAUAUGCACUAAUUCUGUCUCUGGAUUAUAUUAUGAAGCUUUUAUGUGAAACAUGUUUUUUGUAAUGAAAACCACGUUGGAGAUGUUUAAUAAUCAUAUUUUGUUACUGGUACCAAGACUACUGGGGAGAAGUCUUUGUACUUUAGGGAAGUACUUUUGGGAUUUUAUUACAUAGACAGAGGAGCUGUGAGACUCAGCACCUCUCCUGGGUGUGCUAAUCUGGGCUAACUGCUCAUCGGAUGCACAUGUGCUGAUUCGGGCCUCUUUCCGUCAACACUGUAGAAAACACAUGCCCCCCCUUCCUGGUCCCUGCCCUAAUCCCCUCCCCACUCCCUUCAUUGGCACCCGUUUGCUUUUAAAAUCCACUUUAUCUUGAAUCAUGUAAGACAAAUGUAUUCUAAUAUAAGUUUUUAUUUAAUUUGUGGUACCUUGCAUAAUGGUCAGAAGCUCACAUGUGUGAGGAAGGAAAUAAACUAUUUUUAAAGCUA